GGUAUGUGAAAACCAAAAAAAUCGAACUGAAUUCUGUCCAAGCACUGCAAUUAUAAGUGUGGACAUAAAAGAAAAUUGGAUUAAGACUAAUAGGAACCAUAAUCAUUAUCCACCAGUAGUUGAUAUUCCAAUGGUCCAUUUAAGGAGAAGUAUUGGAUUGGCAGGAACAAGUACUGGAAGAACAUCAAAUUCAAUAAGAAAUAUUUAUAACAAUGAAAUAAUUGCAAAUCCAGAUGGUGCAAGGAAUUAUACAUUUCUCCAAUCACAAGCAAGUGUACAAAGAAUGCGUCAUUGUCGACGUCCACCAAACCCAGACACUAUUGAAGAUUUGGCAGGUAUUCUGAAUGAACAUAUGGCAUAUGCAUCAACCUUGCAGCAUCCACCUUCAAGGUUUUUUCAACAACUAUUUGAAGCUGAGGGAGAAACUGUUGGAUUAGUAUUUUUUAAUUUAGAUGCCAUCGAAAAGUAUAGAAAUGAGCUUUUAUCUGUCAGAGUUGCAGGAAUUGAUGGAACCUUUAAAACAGUACCAAAACGUCCUUCUCAGCUUACUAAUGGUUGCCUUCUGACCUUUCAUGUACUUUUUCAUAAUGUUUCUUUUCCAAUGGUAUAUGCUCUCACAUCGAAAAUGACGCAAGCAACAUAUGAAUCGUUCUUCCAUAUUGUUUUGAGAAUUUUGCCAUUGAAUUAUGCUCAACUGACUAUAGUUACAGACUAUGAAAGAGGCUUGAUGAAUGCUGUGAGAAGCAUUUUUAAUGAAAGCAAUCUGCAAGGUUGUUGGUUUCAUUUCUGCCAAGCUGUUAUUCGAUACUGCCGAAGAACCUUAAAUAGUGUUUUUCACUUAUUUCAAAAUAGCCCAGAAGCCAAUCGAGUAUUAAGAAUGGUAUUGGCAUUGCCUCAUCUCCCAGCAGAAGUACACCCUGAGUGUCAAUUCACUAUGGCCGAAGGGUUUAAUACCAUAAUUGAGUAUGCCAAUGGUAUUGAAGAAAUAUCAGAACGAUUACAAGGUUUUUUAAUUGGGUAUAUUCAACAGUUUUGGUUUAAUCAAAUAGGUGCCUCAUGUAUAAGUGUUUUUGGGUAAGAAAUCUUCAAUACAAUUAUUGUAAUUUUAGUUUUUUUUCUAAUGUAUUAUAAUAUAUAUAUAUAUAUUUUUUUUUUGUAAUUUUUAG